CAUGUAUGCAAACCGAAAAUUGGAACAGGUUCAAUACAUUUGAUACGGGGUCAAGUUUAUAUAGUCAGGCUCGGCAAGAUGGCGUUCCGUUCUAUUGGAAGUCGUCUGCAAACCAUGUUGGGACAUAAACAUAUUGCUAGCGUACAUCUAGUUGCCAGAGUGGUCUCGCGUUUUCAGUCCACGAUACCUCUGGUGACGGCUGAUGAAUGGUGGGGAAAAUGCAAGAAAGUCGAUGUUUUAGGUUCGAAGAUGUCCUAUUACGACUCUGAUUCCCAGAAUAGGAGCGGUAAGCAUACGGCCGUGUUCCUGCACGGCAACCCAACGUCUUCGUAUCUUUGGAGGAAUGUUAUACCCCAAGUAGAACCCAUCGCCAGGUGUCUGGCUCCUGAUCUCAUUGGGAUGGGCCGGUCUGAUAAGCUGGCUAGCCAUUCCUACCGCUUCUUGGAUCACUACCGCUAUCUGUCAGCCUGGUUUGAUGCUCUCAAAUUACCAGAAAAGAUAACCGUCGUAUGUCACGACUGGGGUACAGCCCUUGGCCUCCACUGGUGUAAUGAGCACAGAGAUAGACUUGAAGCUAUCGUCCACAUGGAAGGCCUCUACCAGCCAAUGCCUUGGGACAUCAUGACUGACUCUAUGCGGGACAUCUUCCUGGCGUUCCGCUCGGAUGCCGGCGAAGAGAUGAUCCUAGAGAAGAACAUGUUCAUAGAAACCAUCCUCCCGCUCGCCAUCAAGCGGACGCUUCGCCAGGAGGAGAUGGACGCUUACCGGGAGCCAUUCAAGAACCCUGGAGAGGACCGACGCCCUCUGCUCACCUUCCCCCGUCAAAUCCCCAUCCAGGGAGAGGGCCCAGAGGAAACGGUCGCCAUAGCUACGGCCUACCACGCCUGGAUCAAGGGGACUGAGGAUCUCCCAAAGCUUCGCAUCGUCCCAAUUCCUGGAAUGUUCACUGAAUGGGGCACGGGGAUUACGAAGGAUUGGCCGAAUCACAAGGUAGUCCAGGUUGAAGGGUCGCAUAUCUUUCAGGAAGAUUCACCCAUCCAGACCGGGGAUUACAUCAAGGAAUUCCUAUCAAGUAUCUUCAAAUAGACGGAUCAUAAUUAUACACCAGGGACAGAUCUGAGAAUUUUUUUUAGAGGGUGUUCUAAUGCAACAAUUGACAUAACAAAUGUAAACAUACUUAAUUUAUAAAUUACAUACAUCCUAACGUACAAAGGCGGUUUGUGAACCAAGACCCCGAUUUGUCGGCUUUCUUGUUGUGGAAAUUACUUUCCCAAAAUCUAAUGACAUACUCUUUUUCUUCUUCCUCUCCUUCUCUUUUUCCUCCUCUUUCUUCUUCUUUCCCUCUCUUCUUCUUCAUUUCUCUCUUUCUUUUCUUGACAGAAUUUUUGAGAGUAUGGGACCACCUUUUCUCUUUCGUAAAGUGAUCUUUUUUACCUGUGAUAUAUGAUCUCAGAUACUUUACUUCUGUCAUUUUUUCUCUGACAUUUCCCCAUUUUACUUCUUAGGAGGCCAGCUAAGGACAUUUAAGGACAGUUAACAAUAUAUCCAUACCCCUUGUAAUUACAAAAACAAAAUGUUUUGUUUUUUGUAACUCAUAAAUGAAACUUGGACUUGUUUAAUUGAGGAAUAUCUUGAAUACUUUUAGAAGUAAGUUUUAAUUUGUCACAUUCUCAAGAAGUAUAAAUCGGGACAAAUCAAUUUUACACAUACUUGAGAAAUUACAAAACUUGGUGAUGGUAUAUAUACAAUUUAGUGGUCAACUGUAUAGAGUAGCAAUACCUUACAAUGAAAACAGUAAAUCAGAACCAAAACACCCGUAGACUGUAAUUUCUUUUGUGAUAAUCAUUUAAAUUUCAACUUAAGUAUCUCUGCUUGAUAUUUUACUUCUUUAUUGAUCUAAUAUAUUUGUUCUUGUUUUUAUUGCUUGCUCUCUCACGUUUGUUUAACUUGUAUAUUUGUUUUGUUUUAAUAUCGAAUGAAAUCAUUUCAAUGUCGAAGUAUAUCUACUACUCUAAUGAAACAAAAUGCUAAAUUCAUAUAUGCAUGUACCUGUAUCGCAAAUAUGUUGUCUUUGUUAAAUCAAUAAUGUGGUUUUAUUACAAAUAUAAGGUAAUGGCAAUUUA